AUGGUCAAAAAAGCUUCGGCGUCUGUGCACCUGCACGUACUGAUCAACGCUUUCAUGAAAGCUGGGUUCAAAGAAACAUUGAUUCAGCCGGUGAUGCAGCCACCAAAGGAUAAACGCGAUUUGAUCGAGGACUUUACUCAUUAUGUGUCUAUUGAUGAGCGUCAGUUUGAAGAAGAAAUCGCCUGUUUGGAAUUUGAUGCAGUGGGUAAUGUAAAAUUCUUGUAUCAAGUCUCUUUUUUAGUUAUUAGAUGA